CCCGAGGUUCUGUCUUAGGUUCGAGUCGGGAGGGAAGAGAGCAGUGGCUUAUUCGGCUCACAUAUUCCCCUCCUCUCCUUUCAGUCGAGCAACUUCGUUCUUUCGCCACUUGAGCCGUAUGCGGGGGAACUCGCACGUGCGGUUCUUAGGGGGGGAGAGCUAGUAGGAGCCAUCCUAUCCCAAUAGCGUAUAUUUGGAGCUCAAUAUGAAAUCCUAUUUUCUUGCAAGACCCGUGCGAAGAUGCCGUUAUAGUACCGAAAAAGUGUAUUUUUACCUGCUUGUGAGGACCCCAAAGCAUAGUGACCAGCCUGAUAGAUGGAAUGCUUUCAUCUUUUCGACCAGGUUUCCGUUUUUCACUGACAAUGUGGCAAUCGAUCUCUAUAUGUUUAGUUUGCUCAUGACGGAUUUGCCUAAACAAAAUAAAAGACUGCUUGCUCGUUCCGCGCCGAGGCUUUGUGCUUGUGGGCUAGGGUGAAUAUUGCAGACCAGCGGAUCUGGUAGUCGACAAUCGUUCGGACUUGGUAAAGGUUGUCGCGGCACCUGUAGUAGGACAGAGGACUUAUCGCGAUGCCCGCGUCCUGGGCGACCCAAACUCUAGAUGAAACAGUCGAACCAACUCAUGCAUAAAAUCUUGCAUUUCUUCUUUACGCCGACCCGGCCCGUAUCCUUGGGUACGUAGUACUUUUUGUCCACGGACGUGGCGGAGGAAUAAGAAGAUAGACACUGUUGUCUGUCAGCAUCUCUCUCAUAAUGUAGAGUGUAUCAUGAGUCCAUGCAAUGCGUAAAAAGAAAACGAGCAACAAGUCAGGCAUGAAAGCCAAGUGAAGUGACCAGAGGGUUAGGGUGCGGUGCCAAUUCUCCAGUCCCCUUCGUACCAUUGUUCUCCUUGAUCGUGGAGCUGAAUUCGGUUUUUUUGGUGUUCUCGUUGAAACACGCGGGCAUACUCCUUGCUUCUGGGGACAUUGAUCCAAAGCUCGAGUACAGUCCGUGCGCCGUUUUUCUUCUCCUUUCAAUCAAGCGAUAGAGGCAGAGGCUUUACUUCAAUCGCCUACGCUAGGACAGAGCUGCUGUCGAGUGACGAUUGGCCGAGGGGGGUGCCAUCAUGUAGCAUGCUUAGCCUUUAUGGCAAGUAAUCCAUCCCGCCAUUCUUUAUUGCGCACUUCGGUGUGAAUAAGAAUCAGAGCAAUCUCUAGUUUUAGAGUCUCGGCAUCAAUCCCAGUCCUUUAGGGAAAGCCUUCAAGCUCAACCCCAAAAGCCUCUACUCCCCAAAAAAGACGUGGAACUGAGUUCCGCUAACAGCUUCUUGCUAACAAAGCUGUCCAAUUAAAUGAAUGUGUUUACGUCCUCUCUUCUUAGUCUAUGCAAUGUAUCUCUUCGAGCACUAUGCGGAUUCAAUGAAACAGAGCUCUUACUGAAGAAUUCCAGCCUUCCCGGGGAUUACGUCAGGGAUGCCCGCUCUCUCCUUACCUCUUCACUUUGUGUAUGGAGCGAUCAAGCUCAUUGAAUCUGCCGCGGCACAUCACCCUCACUAUAUCACAGUAAGGGAUAUCAAGAAUCUCAUGUCUUGAGAUUGGGAGGUAGCCAUCAAGCAUGUCUAUAGAAAAGGCAAUGUUGUCGCCGACUAUAACGCGUCGUUAGGUCAUGGACAACCUCCGGGUAUCCAAAUUAUCGAGUGUAUGGAUCGGCCGAAUCCUGGAGAAAUCCCCUUUGGGAGGUUGCCCAAUCAUGUCAGUGCCCGACUGACGGCAUGCGAAGUAAGUGGAGUGCGAGACUGUUGCCCGCCGUCAGGCUUGCAAAUGGCGCGAGAUGAUAAAGAGAGAGCUUCGUCUAGCGAUGAAAAGCGGAUUGACGGAGCUCUUGGCAUUGCAUUACUCUUCGCAGAUAAUGAUUGUGUCAGGGAAACAACCGGAACCCCUGAACCUCGAUCUACGAGUGGGAACAAAGAGUUUAAUCGGCGAUCCACCAGUCAGGCGUCGACUUGACACCAAUCGCCAGCACGCCCGGUCGAGUGGCGUCUUUUACGGGAUCUUCUCUUUGCCGGCAUUCUUUUUCUUCUCUUACCAGACAGCCCUUCUUUCAUUUCUAAUACCAUAAGGAAUUACUAGACAAAAUGAGUGGAAGCGAAGUGGCUACGGCGCCAAGCUAGUCGCUACACUCUCAUCAACUCACAGCUGACAAAAAAUACCUGUGUUCACAGGCAAGGCACGAGAGAAGGGGCACGAACUCACAAGAAAGCAACUCCAUAGAAUGGAAACUAGUCUGUCUAGCCCACUAUCGAAAGGAACCUAACCUAUGUCGUAAAUAGAAGACAAGACUCAAACAGGAACAGAACCAUGGAAGGAGAAAGACCCCCCCGUCCUUAGCCACCAGUUUCAGAUGGAUAGCAAAUCAGGGCAAUCAAUCCCCGGUCAAAGGGCUUGAUGGGAAAUCGAAUAGAUUUAUUCUGGACUGAUUCGGAGGAUAGUAAAUCUGGACUUGUAUCGUAUAAUAAGUCCGCUGCUACCGGGCAUUGAAUUGGCCGAAGUGGACCAAGUUCGGGUGCUUUUGUCGCCGAAGAAGCUCUUACAUCGGAUAAAGCGUAAUUCCAAUG